UCAUAUCGAGCAUUUUCAUCAACAAACGCUAUGAUUGAUAUGUUAGCGCGAGUGCAACGAAUGUGUGAAGCAACCGGAUCUGCGGGUACCGGAUCCGAAAUGAGCAAAGAUUACGAAAGAAUCAUUCAGUUGAGGAAUGAAAGCGAUGAAAAUUUGGAUCGAAGUAAAUAUGCACACAGUUCACCAUCACACACAUCGGGUUCAGGCAUUCGUCGCGCUAUAUCAUUUCAUAGUACAUCGCCAACAAUUCGCAAAUCAACAGAAAUGAUAACGUCACCUUUUUACGAAUAUCGUUCGAGUCUACCACAAUUUCAAUUGCAACGACUACUUGAUGCUUUUGAAAAGGAGCAGAAAAGUUUUAAUGAUGAAUCGACGCGGUCAAUUCGUGCUCUUGAAGAAAGAUGCAGACAAUUUGCGGAUAAUCAAGCAAUUCUUCAAGUUCGACUUCUGGAAAAAGAUUCCGAAAUAGAAUUGCUAAAAGCUCAAUUAAGCACACGUACUGCGGCUGAUGAACAACUCCGAUUAAUGAAAGUAAAACUGGACAAUGAAUUACUCGAAAGUAAGAGUAAAAGUGAUCAAAUUCGUGUUUUGACGGAGCAAGCUGAAAUUGUUAAAAAACAACACGAAAAUGAAAUCCGAGAAAAAGAUAUAUGUAUCAGUGAACUUUUCUCAAAAUUGAAGGCUGCUGAAGAUGCGAGUAAACCAGCAUUUGAGAAAACUGCCAACCUUCAAAGUGAAAUUGAUGGGUUAAAACAACAGUUAGCCGAAAAGGAAGCUGAUCUCCAGAAAUGCGGAAAUUGUUAUGAUGAAAUGCGAAAAGCCGAACAAUUAAUUGAGCAAAUUCGUCUGGAACGUGAUGAAGUACGAUCAACACUGAAUAAAAUACCCACCUGUGUUAUUUGUCUCGAUAAACGGGUGCGUUUAAUUUUAAUUCGUAAUAAUUCUAGCAAACUCAUUAGAGAUAAGAUUGAUUAA